GCCACGAAGCCCCAGCCCCGCCAAAAUCCCCCUUCCUAAAAAUAGCAAAAAGGUUUUCAAUAGGGCGCCUACAGCUUCCAAUUCCAUAGCAGCCCAGCAGCUGGGCAGCUCCUCGAACACAUCAUUCCAAGAAAUUUCACUCUCAUUCAACUUCCCUCGUCCCACCAAAUUCUCUACCCCAAGGUCUGAACCUCCAAUUUCUUCAAUCUCGAUUCGCGGCGGCCAUAUCUUUCCCCGUUUCGUACUUUCCUCGUCCGGUUCUUUUUGGGACUUUGCAUCUUUAUCUGAGAAUGGCCAAUAAUCCUCAAUAUUCAGGUUUGCAGCCCCUUCGGCCUCCCGUUGUUGGUCCCAUGGAUCAAGCUAGAUCAUUUGUUCCACCCAUGAAUUCUCAGCAGUUUCGACCUGCAGUCCCUGCACCUCACUCACAGCAGUUUGUUCCCAUGCCCUCGCCGCAUUUUCAACCUCUUGGCCAGGGUGUUCCCUUGAUGAAUGCUGGAAUGCCCCCUCCUCCUCCUCAAGCUCAACAAUCCCAGUUUUCCCAGCCAGUGGCUCACUUACCUCCAAGACCUUGCGAGCCAGUUCACGGGACAUUACCACCCCAAACAAUUCCACUGCCAGUGGCUCAGCCAAACAGGCAAUUUACUCCUGAAUUGCAACAAGUACAGCCUCUCACUCAACCUGCUGCUAUUGGGAUGCCUGGUCCAGGUGGCUCUGGAACAUCUUUAUCUGCAUCAUACAGUUAUGGACCACCUCAAAAUUACAAUACCACUAUUGUUCAACCUGUGCCCCAAUCACAUGCACCGGUUGUUUCUUCUGGAGGCCAGCUGGGGAGUUUGGUUUCAGUCACACCUCUGAAUCACUCAAGAGAACAGCCUUAUGCUACCUCCUCUGUAACUUCAGCAGCCAAUGUUUUGCCGAUGCCUUCUGCUGCAGCAGCUUCAUCAGAGUGGAGAGAACAUACAUCUCCUGACGGUAGAAGAUAUUAUUACAACAAGAAGACCAAAAUAUCUAGCUGGGAGAAGCCUUUUGAAUUGAUGACUGCAAUAGAGCUAGGAGCUUUAUUCAAGUCACAUUGUGGGCAGAGUUUUGAGGGAAAAGAUAAAAGCUCUCUGGUCCAAUACGGUCAAGAGUUUAUUUGGCAGAUUUGGAGGGCAGACGCAUCAACCAACUGGAAAGAGUUCACAAGUCCUGAAGGAAGAAAAUAUUAUUAUAACAAGAUCACCAAGGAAUCUAAAUGGAUAAUUCCCGAGGAACUGAAGUUGGCCCGGGAGAGAGUAGAGAAGUCAUCUACUCUAGGAACAGAGAAGGAACCUGUUCCUCUUGAACUCCCUUCUGUUUCUACUCUGGAAGCACCAUCUACUACUGCUGAUACUUCAACUACUGCCAAAGAACUAGCAUCUAAUGCAUUGUCAGUAGCUGCUGCCGAUUUACAAACCGAUAAGGACGCUUCUCCUGGUGCUGUUUCAAGUGUAGAAACAAAUGGUGGAGUUCAGUCACCCGUUAAUAUAGUUCCUUCUAGUUGUGCUAUCUCAGAAAAUGACAAUACUGCUGGUGUCGUGGAGGUUACUACUGUAGAACCCAGGAAUGAUUUGAACCAGUCCUCUGCUCAGGAUAACGAGAAUUUGACAGAUGGUGUUUCUGCCCAAGAACUUGAGGAAACUAAGAAGGAUACAUCAGAUGAGAAAGUUGAAUUUACAUUGGAAGAGAGAGCUAUUGAUCAGGAAACUUCUGCUUAUCCAAAUAAGCAGGAAGCUAAAAAUGCAUUUAAAGCUCUCCUGGAGUCUGCCAAUGUUGGCUCUGAUUGGACCUGGGAUCGGGCCAUGAGAAUUAUAAUUAAUGACAAGAGGUAUGGUGCUCUGAAAUCACUUGGGGAACGGAAGCAGGCUUUCAAUGAGUUCCUUGGUCAAAGAAAAAAACAGGAAGUGGAGGAAAGACGAACCAAACAAAAAAAAGCGCGGGAAGAAUUCAGAAAGAUGCUGGAAGAGUCAACAGAGCUCACUUCAUCUAUGAGAUGGGGCAAAGCUGAGUCGAUAUUUGAAAAUGAUGAGCGAUUCCAAGCAGUUGAAAGAGAUAGGGACCGGCGCGAUCUCUUUGAGAGCUUCUUGGAGGAACUCAAGAAUAAGGAGCGUGCAAAAGCACAGGAGGAACGUAGUCGAAACAUUCUGGAAUAUAGAAAAUUUUUAGAAUCUUGCGACUUUAUCAAGGCUAGUAGCCAGUGGCGUAAAGUACAAGAUCGGUUGGAGGUUGAUGAAAGAUGCUCACGCCUUGAAAAAAUUGAUCGCUUGGAAAUUUUCCAGGAAUACCUACGUGACUUAGAGAAGGAAGAGGAGGAGCAGAGAAAAAUACAGAAGGAAGAAUUGAGAAAAGCAGAACGUAAAAACCGUGAUGAGUUUCGCAAGAUGAUGGAAGAACACAUUGCUGCUGGGCUUCUUACUCCUAAAAUUCAUUGGCGUGACUACUGCAUGAAGGUUAAAGAGCUACCUGCAUAUUUGGCUGUUGCUGCAAAUACUUCUGGUUCAACUCCAAAAGAUUUGUUUGAAGAUGUUGCUGAAGAACUACAAAAACAAUAUCGUGAUGACAAAACUAGAAUAAAAGACGCUGUGAAGCUGAGGAAGGUUGCAAUAUCAUUGUCAUGGACACUUGAUGACUUUAAAACUGCCAUUUCCAAAGAUAUCGGGAAUCCUCCAGUACCAGACACCAACUUAAAGUUAGUAUUUGAUGAGUUGCUCGAACGGGCUAGGGAGAAGGAGGAGAAAGAAGCUAAGAAGCGUAAACGUCUUGGAGAUGAUUUUUUUAAUCUUUUGUGUUCAUUUAAGGAAAUAUCUGUAUAUUCCAAUUGGGAAGACUCAAAACCCUUUUUUGAAGGAAGCCCAGAAUACAGUGCCAUCGAGGACGAGAGACUCUGUAAGGAAAUAUUUGAGGAGUACAUUGUGCAACUAAAAGAGCACGCAAAAGAAAAUGAAAAUAAGCGAAAGGAGGAAAAGGCAAGAAAGGAAAGAGAGAGAGAAGAAAGAGAGAGAAGGAAGGAGAAACACAAAAAGGGAGAAAGAGAAAAGGAGGAUCACUUCAAGAAAGAUGGAGUAGACAAUGAAAAUGUUGAUGUUUCAGAUACCCUUGAAUUGAAAGAGAAUAGGCGAUUGGAGAAAGAACGUAGUAAGAAACAAAGGAAGAGGCGAUAUAGUGAUGAGGAAUACUCGGAUGAAGAUGAAGCAGGCCAUGAUCGAUCCAAGAAAUCCCAAUCACAUAAAGACCGGAAGAAGUCUAGGCGGCAUGGAUCUGCUCAUGAGUCAGAUGGUGAAAGUAGACAUAGAAGGCACAAGAGAGAUCAUCGAAAUGGUUCAUAUAAGAAUUUAGAUCACGAGGAGCUUGAAGACGGGGAAUGUGGCGACGAUGGGGCAAGUAGAUAGUUUUUUACUUCUAUACUGACUAUUAGUGGAUUCUUGUUAACUUAUAUUAUUUUAUGAUGUUCAACUCAUUUCUUGGCUUUGUGUAUACGGAUUAAUUUAUUGUUAAUAAGCCGUCUCUGUUGAUCAUA